UGUCAGUGAUUGGCUGACAGCGGCGCGGAGCCGUCAUGGUGUUCAGUUUAUACAAGCAGCGCUACUCCGCAGCGCCGCAGCCGCAGCGCUACUCCGCCGCCGCCGCCGCCGCAGCGCUACUCCGCAGCCUCCGCAGCGGAAUGAAUAAAGUGCGCGUUUUUUCCACCCGGCUUAUGUAAAGACGGUGCGUCGAGGGUCCUUUAUUUAUGUAUUUCUGUGGCCGCUCGACCCGCUAAAGGGACUCGGUCCGGUUGGAUCCUGAUUUCGACCCCCCCCCCUCCGCAUUUUGACGUUUUCCAGGGUUUAGAAGAUUUGGACUUUAUGAUGAAGUUUAAACCCAACCAGACCAGGACGUAUGACGGGGAGGGCUUCAAGAGGCGAGCGGCGUGUUUGUGCUUCAGGAACGAGAAGGAGGACGAGGUGCUGCUGGUGAGCAGUAGUCGACAUCCGGAUCAGUGGAUCGUGCCAGGAGGAGGAAUGGAGCCGGAGGAAGAACCCUGUGGCGCCGCUGUCAGGGAAGUGUUUGAGGAGACGGGUCAUUCAGAUGCUUAUCAGCUGUUUGGUUUUCUUGCUGCCUGCCUCUCUGCACAGGCCGGCGUGAAGGGCAAGCUUGGCAGACUGCUGGGGGUUUUUGAGCACAACCAGGACAGAAAGCACAGGACAUACGUCUACAUCCUUAUUGUGACGGAGACACUGGAGGACUGGGAGGAUUCCAUCAAUAUAGGGAGGAAGCGGAAGUGGUUUAAGAUCGAUGAAGCUACAAGAGUGUUGCAGAGCCACAAGCCUGUCCAUGCAGAGUACUUACAUAGACUUGCAUCUACCUGCAACCCCACCUGCAGUCCGGCCUAUUGCCCCACUAAUGGCAACACCCCUGUGUCUCCAAUGAUGGACAAAAAUGCUUCUCACUAUGUCUGCUCCACAAAGGGCUCAGAUCUAGUCAACAGAUAGGACAGUCAUCAACAGCAGCUGCCAUCAGCAAAACAACACCCACAGAAGGACUCCAGAAUGGACCCAAUUACUGAAAAAAGACUUUUGCAUCAUAUACGCUAUUUAUGCAGCCUUUUUAUAUGUACAGUAUGGACUUCUUUGAUUUGAAGCCCUUUUCACAUGGGUUUGAAGAGUGCCAAAAUGUGUUGAAAAUACAUUUAGAGUUUUAUAUGCACAUUUUUAACACAUAAUCACCACCGAAUAGAGCUUGAAUCUUGUUUCUGUAGAGCAUUUUUCCAAUUCAGAGCUUAUGCAAUUUAAAGGUCAUGUUAGUCUUACAUGUGAAACGAUACUUGAUUGGUAGUGCACACUGUUUGGGUGGUGUUCUUGACGUCAGCAGAGGGAAGUGUUGGCUCUGAAAGGAAGCCAUCUCCCAUGGUGACUCACUGCCAAAUAAUGUCCACCAUCAACACUUUUCAGUGUAAUGAAGAUGUCUAAUAACAUAAACAGAUAUUUUGUUACAAUUCAAUUUUCUGAGUAAACUGUAAUUACAGUGUAAAUCUGUUUCUCUUUUCUUUUUUUUAAUGCAAGUGUAAACAAAAAUAUGAAGUCUUUUUGUGAAUGUAAAAUCUGCUGAACCUGGGAUCAGCCAGCCCGGGGCUAGAAAUGUAAUCUAAGCUACAUUACCACAGCUCACUAAUGGUAGCUAAUGCAGUCUAACUAAGUCUUGUGACACAUUUGGAAGACACAGAUGUGGAGUGGUAAUUUGUACCAUUUACAAAUGAGUGAUGACAAAAUUAUAA